AUGAUACUUGAAAUGACAAACUUCUUUAUAUAUUUCUUUUUCAUUCUUUCCUCUCAAUGGACUCUUUUCCUUCUAUCUUCAUUUCUUAUUAUUUCAUUCAUGAUCCAUCACUUGGGUUUAACUCUCCUAAUUUUGCUCACUUUUGCUUUUUUUCAUUUACUUUCUCUUUCGUAUUUCAUUCCUUUUGUAUUCAUUUCCCCCCCCCAUCACUCUUUCAUUCACCUUUUCUCUAAAAUUUCAUUCAUUUUGUAUUUUGCAAUCAGAUAUUCAUUUCUCUCCCUAUCACUAUUUCAUUCAUCUUCUCUAUCCUAUUUCAUUCCUUUUGUAUUUUUCAAUCAAAUAUUCACUUCUUUUCUUAUGACUCUUUCAUUCACUUUCAUAUUUCAUUCCUUUUGGAUUUUUCAAUCAAAUAUUCACUUCUUUCCUUAUGACUCUUUCAUUCACUUUCAUAUUUCAUUCCUUUUGGAUUUUUCAAUCCGAUACUUAUUUUUCCUUAUCCUCUUUCAUUCACCUUUUUUCAUAUUUCAUUCCUUUUGUACUUUUCAAUAUUCAUUUCAUUCUCUAACACUCUUUCCUUUACUUUUUCUCACAUAUUUCAUUCCUUUUGUAUUUUGCAAUCAGAUAUUUAUUUCCCUUCCAUUCACUCUUUCAUUCACUUUCUCUUUCAUAUUUUUCAAUCUGAUAUGCAUUUUUCUCCCUAUCAAUGAUCUAUCUUACUACUCUUUCUCUUUCUCUUUUCCAAUCUCUUUUAUUUCUUUCACUUGCCUUUUCUUUCUCUUAAUUUUUUCUUGUCUUUCUCUUUCUUUUUUUAAAUUUUCUAUCUUCUUUUCUUCUCUCACUCUAUCCCUACAUUUGUUUCUUUUUCUUAAUUUGUUUAACUUUUUUUAUUUAACACUUUCUCUGAAUUUGUUACUGAAGCUAUCUAAUUUUUCUCUCUUUUUUUCUCUUGUUUUUCACUUUAAUUUUCUUUCUUUUUUUGAAACUAUCUUAAUUCUUACUUGUAUUUUCUUUCUUUCUGAAUUUGUUUUUGAAUCUAUCAUCUCUCUCUUUCUUAAUUCAUUGCUGAAUCUACCCUCAUUUUCUCACCUGCUUUCUUCUUAA